GCGCAGGGUUCCGUCACGUGAUGGCGAGUGACGUCACCGAAUGUUGUUGUCGGGGCGGGCGGGGCCCCGCUGCAAAGAUGGAGGGGCGGCGGGGCGCGCGCGGGGCGGCGCGGCCGGGCACCGCGCAGGGCUCCCAGGCGGUGCAGGCACAGCCCCAGCACCCCAGCUGGUGCUGACGGCCCCCCCAGACAGCCACCUCUGCACAUCCCCCCGCCUCUGCUGUCACCCACUGGCCACCAUGGACCCCCAGAGUGACACAGAGGGGGGGUCCAGCCGUGAGCCCUCGCUGGAGCUCCUGUCCCAUGCCCAGCUCCACGCCACCCUCCCUGCCCCAGGGGCGGAGGGGCCGGCAGAGGUGUGUGGGGCACCCGAAGCGUGCGGGGAGCGCCGGGGGCCAGGGCUGGAUGCGGCGGCGCGGGAGCGGCAGCUGCAGCGGGAGCUGCUGGCCCUCAAGCAGCAGCAGCAGCUCCAGAAGCAGCUGCUCUUCGCCGAGUUCCAGAAGCAGCACGAGCACCUCACCCGCCAGCAUGAGGUCCAGCUCCAGAAGCACCUCAAGCAGCAGCAGGAAGCGCUGGCCGCCCGGCGGCAGCAGGAGCUGGAGCAGCAGCGGCAGCGGGAGCGGCAGGAGGCCCUGGAGCAGCAGCAGCGCCUGGAGCAGCUCCAUGCCCUGCGCACCAAGGACAAGAGCCGCGAGAGUGCCAUAGCCAGCACAGAGGUGAAGCUGAAGCUGCAGGAGUUCCUGCUCAGCAAGACGAAGGAGCCGGGCACCGGCCCCCCCAACCAUUCCCUCCCCCAGCACCCCAAAUGUUGGGCUCACCACACCUCGUUGGACCAGAGUUCCCCCCCCCAGACCGGCAGCCCGGGGACCCCCCCAUCCUACAAACUCCCCCUCCUCGGCACCUACGACGGCCGGGAUGAUUUCCCGCUCCGCAAAACCGCCUCCGAACCCAACCUGAAAGUGCGCUCGCGGUUAAAACAGAAGGUGGCGGAGCGGAGGAGCAGCCCCCUCCUGCGCAGGAAGGACGGCACCGUCAUCAGCACCUUCAAGAAGCGCGCCAUCGAGAUCACGGUGUCCUCGGUGUGCAGCAGCGCCCCCGGCUCCGGGCCCAGCUCCCCCAACAGCUCCCACAGCGCCAUCGCCGAGAACGGCUUCACCGGCUCUGUCCCCAACAUCCACGCGGAGCAGCUCCUGCCCCAGCACCGAGCCCUGACGCUGGACGGCGCCAGCCAGCUCAGCCUCUACACGUCCCCGUCCCUCCCCAACAUCUCCCUGGGGCUGCAGGCCACCGUCACCGUCACCAACUCCCACCUCAACGCGUCCCCCAAGCUGUCACCGCAGGCGGAGGCUGAGCGGCCAGCUGUGGCCACCCUGCGCCCUGGGGCCGCCCUCACUGGCAAGUUCCUGAGCACGUCCUCCAUCCCGGGCUGCCUGCUGGGGGUGGCCCUGGAAGGAGACCCUCCCGCCGGCCCCGCGUCCCUGCUGCAGCACGUCCUGCUGCUGGAGCAAGCGCGCCAGCAGAGCACCCUCAUUGCUGUGCCUCUGCACGGGCAGUCGCCACUGGUGACAGGGGAGCGCGCGGGGAGCGUGCGGACGGUGAGCAAGCUGCCGCGGCACCGGCCCCUGAGCCGCACGCAGUCGUCCCCGCUGCCCCAGAGCCCCCAGGCCCUGCCCCACGGCGCCCUGCCCCACGGCACCCUCCAGCACCACUUCCUUGACAAGCAGCAGGUCCAGCUGGGCAAGCUGCUCCCCAAGGCGGGGGAGCUAGCGCGGCAGCCCCCCACCCACCCCGAGGAGACGGAGGAGGAGUUGACGGAGCAGCAGUCGCCCCCCCCAGGCGACGGGGUCCCCCCUGGCCCCCCUGUUGCCAUCGCCUCCCCGGACGCCAGCGACCCCCCAGAGCGGCUGCAGGACCCUGAAAUGCCUCACGAGGAGCCGGGUGACAGCGGGGACGAAGCCGAGGGCUCUGGGGUCUCCGAUGUCACUGAGCUGGGGGUCACAUACAAGCAGGUGUUCCCCGAGGCGCCGCUGCAGCUGUAUCCUGCCCCCACCCUGGGCAUCCUGGCGCUGCCCCACCCGGCCCUCGCCCGCACCCAGUCGUCCCCCGCCAGCGCCGCCAUCAAGCCCCCCGCACCUGAUGGGCCCCCCAAGCAUCUCUUCACCACAGGUGUGGUGUACGACACCUUCAUGCUGAAGCACCAGUGCACCUGUGGGAACACCAACAUCCACCCCGAGCACGCUGGUCGCAUCCAGAGCAUCUGGUCCCGCCUGCAGGAGACCGGACUCCUUGGCAAGUGCGAGCGCAUCCGGGGCAGGAAGGCGACACUGGAGGAGAUCCAAACGGUGCACUCGGAGCAUCACACGCUGCUCUAUGGCACCAGCCCCCUCAACCGCCAGAAACUCGACAGCAAGAAGCUCCUGGGUCCCAUUAGCCAGAAGAUGUACGCAGUGCUGCCGUGCGGGGGCAUCGGGGUGGACAGUGACACGGUGUGGAAUGAGAUGCACUCCUCCAGCGCCGUGCGCAUGGCAGUGGGCUGCCUGGUGGAGCUUGCCUUCAAGGUGGCCGCUGGGGAGAUCAAGAACGGCUUCGCCGUCAUCCGCCCCCCCGGACACCAUGCGGAGGAGUCCACGGCCAUGGGCUUCUGCUUCUUCAACUCGGUGGCCAUCUCGGCCAAACUGCUCCAGCAGAAGCUGAGCGUGGGCAGGAUCCUCAUUGUGGACUGGGACAUCCACCACGGGAACGGGACCCAGCAAGCCUUCUACAGCGACCCCAAUGUCCUCUACAUCUCCCUGCACCGCUAUGAUGACGGCAACUUCUUCCCAGGCAGUGGAGCGCCCGAGGAGGUCGGCAGCGGGAUGGGAGUGGGCUACAACAUCAACAUCGCCUGGACCGGGGGCGUUGACCCCCCCAUCGGGGAUGUGGAGUAUCUUACCGCCUUCAGGACCGUGGUGAUGCCCAUCGCCAAUGAGUUCUCCCCAGAUGUGGUGCUGGUCUCAGCCGGCUUCGACGCUGUCGAGGGUCACCUCUCCCCACUCGGUGGCUACUCCGUCACCGCCAAAUGUUUUGGCCACUUGACGAAGCAGCUGAUGAUGCUGGCAGGGGGCCGGGUGGUGCUGGCACUGGAGGGGGGGCACGACCUGACGGCCAUCUGCGACGCCUCGGAGGCCUGCGUCUCCGCUCUGCUCGGCCUGGAGCUGGAGCCGCUGGAUCCGUCCCUGCUGCAGCAGAAGCCAAACGUGAACGCGGUGGCCACCCUGGAGAAGGUCAUCGAGAUCCAGAGCAAGCACUGGGGCUCGGUGAAGCGCUUCGCGACGGCCGUGGGCUGCUCCCUGCUGGAGGCGCAGAAGGGGGAGGCGGAGGAGGCCGAGACGGUGACGGCCAUGGCCCUGCUCUCGGUGGGUGCCGAGCAGGGGAGCGCCGACCCCCAGCCCAGGCCCGCGGCGGAGGAGCCGAUGGAGGCCGAGCCCACGCUGUGACCCGCUGGCCCCUCACCACAGAGAUUUAUUCCGUUUCCAAGAAAGAAAGAAACACCGAGAAGAAAAACACACACAAAAAAAUCACCUUAAAAAACAAAAAAAAACACAUAAAAAAAGGACAAAAAAAAACCGUGGAAGAAACCAGGAGGAGAAACAGAAAAAAGAGGAAAAUAUUUUCUUUUUCUAUUAAAAAGAGGAGAAAAACACAAAAAAAUACCCCACGCCCCCACCUGCCCUGUCCUGUUGGACCCCAGCUCCACGCGGUGUUUGCGGUCGUGUCUCUUGUGAAGCAUCGGUUCCACCAGCACCCCCCGCUCCUCCCGCCCUGUCCGUGCUCCGUCCGUUGGGUUUCCCGUCGCUGCCCCGGGCUCCCCCCGGCCCCCGCUGCGGCUCCUCUCUUUAAUUUUCCUUUUUUUUUUUUUUUUUUUUUUUUUUUUCCUUGAGUGGGGGGGUGUCCUUAUUUUCUCCCCCCCCUUUUUUUUUUCUUUUCCCCACUCAUUCCCUCCCCGGCUCCAGCGUCCGCCCCCCACCCCGGGGGGAGGCGAUGGGAAAUAUUUGUGCCUUUAAUUAAGUCAGUUGUUGGUGUUUUUUUUUUUUAAUGCCUUAAUUUGCCUCUGAUUUUUUCGGUUUUCUCAAUUUUCUUCCCCCCCUUUUUUUUCCCCCCUUGACGUCCCCGUUUCGGAGGGGGACACAAGAGGCAGGGGAUGAGCCCCAUCCCUUUGUCACAUUGGGUCAAUGGGUGAUGGAUCCUGGCGCCUUCGUUGGGAUAAAACUUUGUCCCUUCCUAAAAGAGAGGAGGAAAAAAAGGGAAAAAAAGAAAAGACAAAAAAAAGGAAAAAACCACUUCAUUUUCCUGUUACUUCACCAGCCGGAGGGGACUUGGAGCGAUUUUAGCUUUAAAAGAGAGAAAAAACAAACCCACGCAAAACAAAGGUAUAUAAUUUUAUUACAGAUGUAUUAUUUAAUAGUAUUUUUUUAAUGGGUGGCACUGGCCGUGGGUCCCGGGGCAGAGGGCGAGGACAGCGCUUCGUGUUUUAAGUUAUUGCAGCGGGGCGUUUGGGGUGGCUCCGGGGGGGGUCCCCAAAUCGGGGUGGCGGUGGCAGGGAUGAGCGUAUGUCCCCUGUCACCUCCCCCAGCCCCAGGGCGGGGGCGGGACACCCCAGCUUGGGGCGAUGGGUGGGGAGGAGGAAGGGGGGUGUCACCGAGUCUUGAGGGGACACCAGCCUGGCUGUCCCCAACACUGGGGACAACCCCUGGGCCGCAAGCCGAGGCGGGGGGGUGUCUGUUGGGUGGUGGUGGCAGUUGGGGACCCUCCCCUUUCAUGGUGGGGGAGGGUGACAUCCCCCAGCUGCCCCCAGCCCAGGAGGGAGAAAACGCCUCACGUAGGAACCACCCACCUCCCGGGGGGGUCGGGCGAAGGGCGCCGGCCCCCUGGCUUUGGGCUGGUGUCGUCGGCCCACCCCGCUGUGUCUCCCCCGCCACCCCUGCCCUGCCUCGGUUUCUUUUCUGUCCGUCUGCCGCCCGCUCGCGCGCUCUCAAUAUGGUUUUCAGUUGAGUAUUUUGUAAGAUGUUACCAAUGUUCGUCCUUGUAUAAAUAAAACUGUUUCUGGCAAUA